AUGUAUUUUAGUCCAGAGGCAGUUCAAACACUGUACAUGAGAGUGCUGCAUCUCCUGUAUCGUUUCCGACCCGAGUGUCACUCCAUGGUUCCACUUCUGGAGAACAUUCAGUAUCCAGUUUAUCAUGAGGGAGCAACUGCUAUCAUGAGCGUCUACAUGCGCAUGCGGCAGUUUUUGCCCAUGUGCCUGGUGUAUGAUUUUUCACUGAAUGACCUGCUAGCCCCAAAGAAACAGAAGACUCUGACUGUUCUGAGUGCAAUCAUGAACUUCCUUCACUUCAGGAAGCAGAGGAUGGACUUGGUCUUGGAGAAGCAGGCCAAAUUUAGGGCAGACGUGGACAGACUGCAGACCUACACCAGAGGCAAUCGAGAAGCAGAGAAAAAGAUUGAGAUGCUGACCACCAUCCCACCGGAGCAGCAGGCUGAGGCAGACGAGCUGGCGGCCACGGUGUCUGAACUACAGGCCACCACCAUGCAUGAAUGCCAGGAAGUUAAUGUAAAAAACGACUGCAUCGCUGAGUGGAAAACCAAAAUCGCAGAGAAGUCUCAGAAACUGGCCCAGAUGAAAGUGGACGUCAGCAACCUGAAAGAAGACAUCAGCAAACUCAAGUCUCAGAUCGUGGAGUCUCCUGAGGAGCUGAAGACUCAGAUGGAGAGGAUGAGGGAGAACGUCAAAAACAUCAAGAACUCCAUUACAGAAACAGAUGAGCGAGUGGUGGAGCUGCAGAACAUGGUGCAGAGUGUGACUCACACGGAGGCGGAGAUCCAGCAGAUGUACAACCUGCUGCAGGACCUGGAGAGCAGCAUGAACAACGCCAAGCAGAGACAGGAGAUGACGUAUUAA